CAUGCCUCAGACGUCAUGUAUGACCAGCUAACCUUCGAGCGGGAGAACCGGGAGCGGAUCCAGGCCGUGGAGAACUCCUUCAGGCCGUCCGGCAGGCCUCUGACCCGACCGGGCCGGUUCCUGAUGGGAGAGGGCUGUUUGUUAAAGCAGGGCCGUCGCAGGCCGGAGCCCAGAACCUUCUUCCUCUUCAACGACAUGCUGAUGUACGGCACCAAAGUCCUGAGGGGCCGCUGGUACAAGAAGCAGAACAUCAUCCCUCUAGAGGACGUCCUGCUGGGGGACGUGGAGGACAGCGACGAACUCAAGAACCAGUGGCUGAUCCGAACCCCACGCAAGUCCUUCUUCGUGUCGGCCGAGUCGCUGGAGGAGAAGCGGGCCUGGAUGCAGCACAUCGAGCAGUGCAAAGCCGACCUGCUGCAGAGCGGCGGCCUCCAAGCUGGCGCCAACUUCGCAGUGUCCUGGAUUCCAGACCAGACCUCCUACAAAUGCAUGCGCUGCCUCAAGAAGUUCAGCGUGAGCCGGCGCCGCCACCACUGCAGGAGAUGCGGAUUCUUGGUGUGUAACAACUGCUCCAGGCCGCGAGAACUGAUCGAGCACAUUCACCCCACCAAGCGUGUGAGGGUGUGCAGCCUGUGCCACAUCAGGAAGGAGGACAGCAACCCUCGCCUGAGGGGAGACAGCACCGGAACCAACAGCUCGGAGGACGAGGACUCCGCGGAGUCCAGUGAUGAAGAGGAGGAAGAGGAGGAGGCCACCAUGCAGGACCAUGUUCCCAGCAGCUGGCUGGACUUCAGGAUGGGAACCUGGGGCCACAGGACCAGCUUCCAGCCUGGAGAUCUGAACCUGCGGCCCGUCUCCAGCCCGACAUGAGGGGGGUCCUGAGCAGAACCAGAACAGACGAGGGAACCCAGAAGAAGCAGAAGUCACUUUAGUCCCAGAGGGGAAUCAUGUAUUUAUAUGUAUCUACUGCUGUUGUUACCAAAUCACCACUAACUGUGAACAUGAAGCCUAUAGUCAUUAUAUAUGUGAUCUAGUCAUUGAAUCCAAUGUCAGCUGUUAAUGUCAUGUGUAUGAGCAAUAAAGUGCCUGGAAACAGGCGAAACCAA